CUGUAUAAAGAGAUGAGCGGAGGAAAGGGCAACAGACAAGUGCGACAGUGUGUCUCUGUUAGUGCUUAGCUCACACACACCUUCUACAAUAGAGAUCAGAAAGCUGCCUCACGUCCCUGCUGCCUGUGCUUUGUGGAUGUUUUAGUCUAAAUGGACGAUUCGAGCGAAGGGGAGCAUGUGCUUACGGGUCUAGAUGAGGAGGCAUUAGUGGACCAUGGAAAGAGCAGCUUCAGUACUCACACAAACUACGAAAAGGAGGAUUUGGACAGCCACAGAGCGGUGUAUGUAGGCGUCCAUGUUCCUCUUGGAAGGGAGAACAAACGGAAACAUCGUCAUCGAGGACACAGACACCACCGAAAGAAGAAAGAGAGAGACUCUGAUGAGGGGAAGGACGAUGGCCAGGAAUCCCCCACUGGUUGGAAACGCUUAUCUUUAAUGUCUUAAUGCCCCCACACCACUCUUUUAGUUUGAAUCCCUCUCUACAUAGUUCCUAUUACAAAUGACUCGUCGACCUUGUCGUUAAUGUCUUCUUUUAGAGCCUAUAACAGCCUAUCGUUUAAGGCAGUGGUUCUUAACUGGUCAG